CGGGAAUUCCAAUAUUGUCUUGUCCAAGACGCAGGUCAACAUUUGCAGUGCCUGGCUUUCGAAAACAAUUCUGUGCAGAUCUUUAAUAUGAAUACGCCAUCGCUUUGCGGAACAUUUGCCUUUCCCCUUACUUGAUAUGGCUGCUAAGCUGCUGAAGCGGAACGACAACAGAAUCAUCAUCCACUUUGACUAUGACUGCUUUUACGCUUCAGUAUUCGAAAACGAAAACCCCGCCUUGAAAUCUGUCCCUCUGGCAGUACAACAGAAACAGAUCAUUGUGACAUGUAACUACGAAGCCAGAAGACGCGGCCUGCGAAAGCUACAACUGAUCACAGACGCCAAAACCGUUUGCCCCGAUGUAGUAAUUGUUCUGGGUGAGGAACUUGGCAGAUUUCGCGAUGCUUCGAAGGCUCUAUACAAGUUUCUGGAGGCGUUCACAUGGUGUGGCAGAGUGGAAAGAUUGGGUUUUGACGAGGUGUUCAUGGACGUUUCCGACAUUUGCGACUUCAACCAAUCUCUCCUCAAUCACAAUGACCUGGCACACUCUUUCUUUCAGCUCAAAAAGGAUGACCCAACAAGUGGGUUUGCGUUUGAUGCCACAAAGAUUGCAGGUCAUGGUUAUCCUGCUACUUCAGAGGACUUGCAUGACCCAGCAUAUGACACCAAUGACAACCUCAUGGUACGACUGAUUCUAGGGUCGCAUUUGGCACAACACUUGAGAUGGCAAAUGGAGGACCAGAAGGGCUAUACAUCAACAGUGGGGAUUUCUACCAACAAGUUACUGUCGAAGCUUGUUGGCAAUCUAAAUAAGCCCAAGGGACAGACCACUCUCUUGCCUCCGUAUACUAUUCCCGUGGAUGCCGAAGAUGGUUCCUCCGAAAGUAACGUAACAAAAUUCAUUGAUGACUUUGACAUUGGGAAGAUCCCUGGUAUAGGGUUCAAGAUGGCUCAACAGGUUCGGAACCACUUCUUGUCACGGCCAGCCGACUUUGACAAAGGAUUGAUCUAUGGCGAAACCAAAGAAUCGGUCACAGUGCGAGAUGUCCGACUUCACGCUGGUAUGGGACCUGAAAUGCUAGAGAAGAUCCUUGGUGGCCCGGGAGCUCAGAGAGGUAUCGCAGGUAAAGUGUGGGGGCUGAUCAACGGUGUCGAUGAGACCGAGGUCCAAAAGGCAAAGAGCGUACCAACACAGAUAUCGAUCGAAGAUUCAUACAUACGCCUUGACACACUUCCGGAAGUGUCGAAGGAACUACGUACCCUGGCUACCAGUCUAGUAAAAAGGAUGCAUACAGACUUACUGGAAGAUGGAGGUGAUGCAGAAACUACUGCCAGACGAUGGAUAGCCCAUCCCAAAACCAUCCGUCUAUCCACACGGCCCCGACCGCCUAUGAACUCGGAUGGCACCAGGACCCGAACAUUCAAUCGCAUAUCUCGAUCCGGUCCUUUACCAACAUCAGUCUUCAGCCUCAAAGAUGGGGUCGAUGCCGUGGUCGAGAAGCUCGUUCAGGAGACUCUGAUCCCGAUGUUCCGCAAGCUUCACCCAUACCCAUCAGGUUGGAACCUAAGCUUAGUCAAUAUCGGCGUGACGAACAUGAUCGAAGCUGCGAGCGAGACUGGUAAAGGAGGUGGGCGCGACAUUUCACGAAUGUUCGAAAGGCAAGAAGAAGUGUUAAAAGAAUGGAAGGUCGAAGAUAAGGAUGUUCCACCAGACCCAAUUGCCACGAAGAAGCUCGAGUCAGCCGAUGAGCGUCAAACAGAUCCAAGUGCUGGAAAGGAAGUUUGGCCCGUCGUUGCUGGCUCGGAGGAUACGAUUCUACCUACGCAGAAUACGAUUGAUGAUAUGGGAGUUUGGGAAGAGGACGAGGAGGAUGACGAUAAUCGAGAGCAGUGUCAUACUUGUGGAGCUAUCAUGCCUAGUUUUGCUAUGGCCGCGCAUGAAAGAUUCCACGUGUUCGAAGGAUGAACGAUCAGAUGGAGCCGCUUUACGGUCAUAUAGCGACGUGAUUAGCCACUGUGAGACCUUUACAGCCACGCCAUUUGAGAUCUUCAAAUCAGAGGACAAGUUGGUGGGAAGAGGAGGUGUGGCCAGAGAAGAGAACUAAAUAUGUCAUGCCAUGAACAUACAUUACAUGAGAAUAAGUACCCAUAACUGCAUACCAUUUCCAUCGACUCACAAUCCAAAAGUAAGGAAUGUAGUAUUAAUGAAACGUAGAGUCUCAACCGGUACCAGUACUGCGUUGGUCACUGAAGUGAAAAUAAGCGAG